CAGUUGACCCGACAAAACGUUCCAGUCUAAAUUACCCGCAAGGAAGCUCUCUCAGUUACUUCCUUAACCAAACAUCCGAAGACUCAGUCUUUGUAAUAUUUUGCUGAAUUUUGCUUGAAUCGCACAAAACCAAAGUCAAGGUACUUUGCCCUGUUAGUGGAAACACAAACGGAGUAUUCCAGUCAAUUGACAAAUAAGAGAAGAAAUAGAAUAGUAACUCCAUUUUUUUGUGGUUGAGUUGAGAAAAAAGAUUGAUUGAUCAAAGCAAGAAAGUUGGUUUUCUUUUUCUUUAUAUAUCUAUAAUAUAUAUAUAUAUAUAUAUAUCAUCAACUUGUUGAAAGUUAUUUUUGUUUGCUGCAAAACGUUUGCUGAUUUCUAAGUCUGCUUAUGCUCCAACAAGUGGAGGAAGGGAAGAGCACAAGGAAAAAGAGUUUUUUCAGGAUGGGACUUUGCUGGGGUUCUCCAGCUGAUAAUCCAACACCGAGCACGACUGGUCAUCUCAGUUCAGUGACAUCUCAGACAGCCAGCAACACAAUAUCCUCUGGAACAUCUAGGGGCAGUAAUAUCUCCAGGAGCAGCGGAUUCUCAGCCUUGAGUGGAGAUGAGGCUUUUCCAAAUGGGCAGAUCUUGCCCACUCCUAAUCUAAGGAUCUUCAGUUUUGCAGAACUGAAGGCUGCAACUAAGAAUUUUAGGCCUGAUAUGGUGCUUGGGGAGGGAGGCUUUGGUAAAGUCUUCAAAGGUUGGCUUGAUGAGAAGGCACCAGGGAAGAAUGGAAGUGGAAACCUCAUUGCUGUCAAAAAACUGAACUCUGAGAGCUUGCAAGGAUUUGAGGAAUGGCAGUCAGAGGUAAAUUUCUUAGGAAGGUUGUAUCAUCCUCACCUUGUAAGGCUGCUGGGAUACUGUUGGGAGGAUAAAGAGCUUCUUCUUGUUUAUGAGUUUAUGCAGAAGGGCAGCUUGGAAAACCAUCUCUUUGGAAGGGGUGCUACUGUUAAAUCACUUGAAUGGGAUAUACGGCUUAAAAUUGCAAUAGGAGCAGCGAAGGGCCUGUCUUUCUUGCACACAUCAGACAAGCAAGUAAUUUACAGAGAUUUCAAAGCAUCAAAUAUACUGCUUGAUGGGUCUUAUACUGCCAAGAUAUCAGAUUUUGGGUUGGCCAAAUUUGGUCCUUCAGCUAGCCAAUCACAUGUAACAACAAGGGUCAUGGGUACAUAUGGUUAUGCAGCUCCAGAAUAUGUUGCUACAGGACACUUAUAUGUAAAGAGCGAUGUGUACGGUUUUGGUGUUGUUUUAGUUGAAAUAUUAACAGGCUUGCGAGCACUUGAUCCAAACCGCCCAAGCGGGCGACAUAAUCUGGUGGAUUGGGUAAAGCCAUAUUUAUCUGACAGAAGAAAACUGAAGAGCCUAAUGGACCAUCGGUUGGAGGGUAAAUAUCCUUCCAAAGCUGCAUUUCGAAUAGCCCAUCUUGCUUUAAAAUGUCUUGCACCUGAACCUAAACAUCGUCCAUCAAUGAAAGAAGUUGUAGAGACUUUGGAACAGAUUGAAUCUGCAAAUGAAAAGCCAAAAGAGCCAAGAAAUCGUUCUGCACGUCACACAACUAGCAGACAUGGCCGGCAGCCAUUACAGCAUCAAUCUCCACUUGCUCCAAAGCAUGAAGCAGGUCGUGCAUAUCAGAACCCACCUCGGGUGAGGUGAGUUGGCACAUUUGUCCAAUUGGUUUCAGGUCUCAGCAUUAACAUGUUAACUGUUUCAAAGACGUUUCCUAUUUCUUUAUUUUUGUAUUUUUUUUUAGAAUCCUCAUCGAGUGUAAUUUUUGCAGUGUGACUUAUGUUGGACAUAUGGAUGUGGUAGUAAUUAAAUUGUAAUUAUUCAGUAAGUACAGCGUGUUAUGCUUGAUAUCUUGUUAGAAUAGUUUUAUGU